CGGGUAAGUGAGAUCAUCAUAAGCCGCCUACUUUCUUUUCUGCUCUGUCUACAUUCGAGUUUCCCACUCCCCCUUAUACCUUGUAAGAACAAAGACAACCCCCCCUUUUAUAGAUCGUUAAAAAUGUUGUCUUGAAGGAAAAUAUUUGCAAUUAAGCUGCUAAAAAGACAAAAUUCAACAAGGUAUAUGAAGAAGAAGUGAGAGCCUAGGUGAUUCAAUCAGAAUGGAUUCUUGCAACUGUAUUGAGCCGCAAUGGCCACCAGAUGAUCUGUUAAUGAAAUAUCAAUAUAUUUCCGACUUCUUCAUUGCGCUUGCUUAUUUCUCAAUUCCUUUAGAGCUUAUAUACUUUGUGAAGAAAUCUGCCGUGUUUCCGUAUAGAUGGGUACUUGUGCAAUUUGGUGCCUUUAUAGUACUUUGUGGUGCAACGCAUCUUAUUAACUUGUGGACUUUUACAAUGCAUACGAGAACUGUGGCUAUGGUAAUGACGACUGCUAAGGUUUUUACUGCUGUGGUAUCGUGUGCAACUGCCUUGAUGCUGGUGCAUAUUAUUCCUGAUUUAUUGAGUGUUAAAACCCGAGAAUUAUUUUUGAAAAAUAAGGCCGCCGAGCUCGAUAGAGAAAUGGGUCUAAUUCGUACACAAGAGGAAACAGGUCGACAUGUCAGGAUGCUUACACAUGAGAUCAGAAGCACUUUGGAUAGACAUACAAUAUUAAAAACCACUCUUGUUGAAUUGGGUCGAACUUUGGCACUAGAAGAAUGUGCCCUGUGGAUGCCAACACGUACUGGACUUGAGCUCCAACUUUCAUACACUCUUCGUCAACAGAAUCCAGUUGGGUAUACUGUACCAAUCCAUCUUCCUGUGAUCAAUCAGGUAUUUAGUAGCAGUCAUGCAGUAAAAAUAUCCCCAAAAUGUCCCGUGGCGCGAAUACGCCCCGCAGGGAAGUACAUGCCUGGGGAGGUGGUUGCUGUUCGUGUCCCACUCCUGCAUCUCUCUAACUUCCAAAUUAACGAUUGGCCGGAACUUUCAACAAAACGAUAUGCUUUGAUGGUUUUGAUGCUCCCUUCUGAUAGUGCAAGGCAAUGGCAUGUCCACGAACUGGAGCUUGUUGAAGUAGUUGCUGAUCAGGUGGCCGUUGCUCUUUCACAUGCUGCAAUUUUAGAAGAGUCAAUGAGGGCUAGGGAUCUUCUUAUGGAGCAGAAUGUUGCACUUGACCUUGCCAGAAGAGAAGCAGAGACGGCAAUCCGUGCUCGAAAUGAUUUCUUGGCUGUUAUGAAUCACGAGAUGAGAACCCCAAUGCAUGCUAUUAUUGCUCUAUCUUCUUUACUGCAGGAAACCGAGUUAACACCUGAACAACGUCUGAUGGUUGAAACGAUUCUCAAGAGUAGUAACCUUCUUUCAACUCUAAUAAAUGAUGUAUUGGAUCUUUCGAGGCUGGAAGAUGGCAGCCUUCAACUAGACCUUGGAACUUUUAACCUUUUUGCCGUAUUCAGAGAGGUCCUUAACUUGAUCAAGCCCAUUGCAUCUGUUAAAAAGCUUCAUGUUUCAUUAAAUUUGGCUCCGGACUUGCCUGAAUAUGCCAUUGGUGAUGAGAAGCGCCUGAUGCAAACAAUUUUAAAUGUCGUUGGUAAUGCUGUGAAAUUUUCAAAGGAGGGCAGCAUUUCAAUCACUGCUUUUGUCGCAAAAUCAGAAUUACUGAGAGAUUCUCGGACCCCUGAAUUUUUCCCUGUGCCCAGCGAUAAUCACUUUUAUUUGCGUGUACAGGUGAAAGAUUCAGGUGUAGGGAUUAGCCCCCAAGAUAUUCCAAAGUUAUUUACCAAAUUUGCACAAACUCAAUCAACGGCAACACGAAAUUCUGGUGGCAGUGGUCUAGGUCUUGCCAUUUGUAAGAGGUACACUUUUUCCCUGCACUUAGUUAGCAUCUCGGUUAUUGUUGUAGUGCAUUGGCUUCAGCCCAACCUCUAUACUGGUGUUUUUGAUUUUUUAGCUAUCUGCCUAAUGUUUUACCUUCUUUAUUAUGUGAUCAGAUUUGUAAAUCUAAUGGAGGGACAUAUUUGGAUCGAGAGUGAAGGUCUUGGUAAGGGAUGUACAGCUAUCUUCAUGGUAAAACUCGGCAUCCCGGAACGGUCGAACGAACCUAAACUUCCUUUCAUGCCUAAAGUACCAACAAAUCAUGGUCCAACAGCUUUUCCCGGGCUUAAAGUUCUGGUUAUGGAUGAGAAUGGGGUUAGCCGGAUGGUGACUAAGGGGCUUCUUGUGCGUCUUGGGUGUGAUGUAACGAUGGUAAGCUCAAGUGAAGAGUGUUUGCGUGUAGUUUCUCAUGAGCACAAGGUUGUUUUCAUGGAUGUUUGUGUUCCCGGUAUGGAUGGUUACGAAGUCGCAAUCCGCAUAAAUGAGAAAUUCACAAAACGCCAUGAAAGGCCGGUAAUAGUAGCGCUCACCGGAAAUACAGACAAGGUGACGAAAGAGAACUGCAUGAGAGUCGGUAUGGAUGGUAUUAUAUUGAAACCUGUUUCACUUGAUAAAAUGAGAAGUGUUUUAUCGGAUCUUUUGGAGCAUCGAGUUCUUUUCGAGGCAAUAUAAGCACAAAGACAGUGUCUCGUUACCAACCAAUUACAGGGAAACAUAAACCCCCCCAAAAAAGGGGGAAGACCAUGAAAGAAUCACUACAUUGCAGGCGAAACCAGAGGAUUUAAAAGAAAUAUAGAGGAGUUGGUGCAAAAUAAUUUUCUUUUUGAGUUUCUUGUGCAACAAGCAAAAGGAAACAACAAAUUUAUGGAAAGGGGUUUUGUAAUAGGUUGUUGUGAGGAACAAAACUUCUAGUUUAGUUUACAAAUGAUACAGAAUUCUACUAAUGAUUUUUAUUUAUCAUAACAUACACAUUUUCUUUUCUUA